UUGUGUCAGUUAUUCGCUGCCUAAAAAAGAAGCUACAAAAGCUCCUUUGAUCUUCAUCCUAUGAGAAGAUGUUUAUCUCUUCACCAGCUCUAAUUGUUCUAAGCUAACUGCACUGCCACUGAAAACACAGGUUUGGUUUUAUCAGCAAUGGCAGCUUCUUCUUCUCUUUUCUCCUCUUCAAUGCAUAGGGAGAUGCUUGCUCCAAAGACAUCAAAGUGCCCCCAAAAUUUUGUAUGCUGUCAUAGCAAAAUUUCCUAUAUGGAACCUAAUUAUUUAAAACAAGUAUGCUGUCCUAAUUCGAGAUUUUUAAGUAUGAAUAUGUCAUCAAAAUGGGAACAAAUGGAUCGAAGAGAUGCAUUCCAUUGUCGUGCUUUGAAAACUGAACGUGCACCUACCUUUUCAGUGGGGCAGAAAUUUCAACUAAAUGAUAUUAUUGAAGCUCAACAGUUUGAUCGAGAUAUUCUCAGUGCCAUUUUUGAAGUUGCACAGGAUAUGGAGAAUGUUGAAAAGGAUUCGCCUGAUAACCAGCUUUUAAAGGGUUAUCUAAUGGCUACCCUAUUUUAUGAGCCCUCUACUAGAACUAGACUUUCAUUUGAGUCUGCCAUGAGAAGACUGGGUGGAGAGGUUUUAACUACUGAAAAUGCGAGAGAAUUUUCAUCUGCAGCUAAAGGAGAGACACUUGAAGAUACAAUCAGAACAAUUGAGGGUUACUCUGAUAUAAUUGUGAUGCGGCAUUUUGAAAGUGGUGCUGCCAGAAGAGCUGCAGCUACAUCUGACAUUCCAAUAAUCAAUGCAGGGGAUGGUCCUGGACAACAUCCGACUCAGGCACUUUUAGAUGUCUAUACAAUUCAAAGAGAGAUUGGAAAGAUUGAUGGCAUAAAAGUUGGGCUUGUGGGAGACCUUGCUAAUGGCAGGACUGUUCGUUCAUUGGCAUACUUGCUUGCUAAAUUCAAGGAUGUGAAAAUUUAUUUUGUCUCUCCUGAUGUGGUAAAAAUGAAGGAUGAUAUAAAAGACUAUUUGACAUCAAAGGGAGUGGAGUGGGAAGAAUCUUCUGAUUUAGUAGAAGUGGCCUCAGAGUGUGAUGUUGUUUAUCAAACUCGUAUUCAAAAGGAAAGAUUUGGCGAAAGAAUCGACCUUUAUGAAAAGGCUAGAGGCAAGUACGUUGUGAAUCAGGGUAUUCUCAAUGUGAUGCAGAGACAUGCUGUGGUUAUGCACCCUCUUCCAAGACUUGAUGAAAUCACUGUGGAUGUUGAUGCUGAUCCAAGGGCUGCUUACUUUAGGCAGGCCAAAUAUGGUCUAUAUAUUCGGAUGGCUCUAUUGAAACUCUUGCUUGUUGGGUGGUAGACCUGCAUUCAUCUUCAAAACGUUUGGAAGAUGCUGAACGUCAAAACUUCCUUUGCUUUUGAUUGUCUUAUCAUGCUGAACAUCAAAACUUCUUUUAUGCUUUUGCUUGUCCUAUCCUUUCUUUUAAAUUUUCUCUUUUUGUUUUUUAUUGCACUUUCUAAUCUUAUAAAGUUAUAGUAGUUAGAAUGAGAAAAAAAGGGGAGCAAGACAUUAGCAAAAAUAUUUAUAUUGCAUGUUCUAGACAGCUUACUACCAAUUUUACAUUUUGAUAUCCACUGUAAAAGAUUGUCUUCAACUUACUUAUUACUUCAA